CCUAGCGAAGUUACAGGACGUAUUAGAAUCCGAGUAUUAAACCUAGCGAAGUUACAGGAUGUACUAGAAUCCAGUCUUAAACCUAGCGAAGUUACAGGACGUAUUAGAAUCCGAGUCUUAAACCUAGCGAAGUUACAGGAUGUACUAGAAUCCGAGUCUUAA